UGCAAGUACAUUUCAGAACAAGUACAUUUCGGUAGUUUGACAGUGUGCAGUGUUGAUAAAACUUCAAAAUGCCUGAUCCUUGCUGUAACGAGAAAUGCGUUUGUGCCGAGGGUGGCUGCACGAAGGACUGCAAAUGCACAAGUUGCAAAUGCGCCCCGUGUGAGAAAUGCUCGUCUGGCUGCGCGUGUUCAUCCAAGGAGGCAUGUGCAACAAGAUGCACGAAACCAUGCAGCUCUUGUGAUCUAUACGAAGGUGUUUCGUGUUCAGCCAUGCCAGAUCCUUGUUGCAACGAGAAAUGUGUGUGUGCCGAGGGAGGCUGUCAGAAGGGGUGCGUUUGUCCCAGCUGUCGUUGUGAUCCGUGUGACAAGUGUUCCUCAGGCUGCCCGUGCCCAUCGAAGGAGGAAUGCGCCAAGCAGUGUACGAAGCCCUGUAAAUGCUGUCCCUGAGUACACUUAACACCGACCCUACAUUAUGCUUUGCUGUUGAUGUCGAAACUGCUGGCGAAUUCCCUCGGUUCACGUUACUUGGUGUGUGAAACGGGUGUGUGUGUGGGAGGGGGUUGGGGGGGUGUGAAUGUGUGUUCGUGUGUAUGUUAGUUUUUGUUGUUUUUAAAGGUGGGGUAAGUGUUAAUGUUAGGGAGUUGGUGAUAUAGGAGGUGGAAUUGUAUGAAUGUUAAGGCUCGGUUGUUGUCAUUGUUUAAGGGUUAAUGGGGUGACUGUGUUAUUCGAAUUAACCUUUUUUUUUUGUAAUGAAUCAUUCUUGGUUGUGGUAAAAUUGGUGAUGAUGUUAUUCCUAUAUCGUUAAUCUUCAUCUUUCACUGUCCUUUAUUGUUUAUGGUGAAUGUGAUGUUAAUGUAUUACCAUCAGUUCCUGCUUAUAGUUACCUUGAUGUAAGCGAAUAAAGAAAAGAAAAAACAAUAUCUUUCAAUUGUCCCUCAAAGUUCGAGACAAAAAAAAAAAAAAAAUACUAUUGUUACUGCCAUCAUUAUCCCUGUUAUCACUACUAAUAUAUUCAUUGUUAUUAUUAUCACCGUUUUGUUGUAUUACCAUAAUCCUUAGUGAUAUCAUUAUCAUUAGUAUUGUUCCUUGCCGCUGUUAUCAAGUCAAGUAUUGUGCUUAACACUUUCAUCGUGACCAAAUUUGGUUCUGUAUUCUAAAGUCUAUUUUGACAUUAUAUAUAGCCAUUAUUGUUUA